AUGGUCAACCGCCGCAAGAACAGCAGCGAUGGCGACAAGCUGUCUGGUGAGCCGCAAGCAGCCAACACCUACAAUGACGACGCCACUCCCCGCUACGGCGCCAUUGAGUCGCCGAGCUUGGAGGCCCGCGACGACAGCCUCAUGGAUCCCGACUCAGGCGUCAAGCGAGGUCUGAAAAACAGGCACCUGUCCAUGAUGGCUCUCGCCGGCAUCAUCGGCCCGGGCUUACUCGUCGGCGCGGGAGGCGCCUUGAACAGCGGCGGGCCCGCCUCGCUGCUCAUCGGCUUCGGCAUCAUUGGCCUCAUCGCCUUCGCCAUCAUGCAGUCGCUCGGCGAGGUGACGACGCUCUUCCCCGGCGGCGGCUCCUUUGUCUCGCUGGCUGAGCGCAUGGUCGACAAGUCCUUUUCCGUCGCCGUCGGCUGGAACUACUUCAUCAUCUGGGCCACCGUCCUCGCAAACGAGUACAACGUCAUCUGCAGCAUCCUCACCUACUGGGCGCCCAGCGUCCCGCUCUGGGGCUUCUUCCUCAUUCUCUGGACCGUCUUCAUGGGCUUCCAGCUUCUCGGCGUCGAGGCCUUUGGCGAGGCCGAGUUCUGGCUCGCCCUCUUCAAGAUCCUCGGCCUGACGGCAUACUUCAUCUUCUCCAUCGUCUACGCCGCCGGCGGCCUCGCGGGCCAGACCCAACCUCUCGGCUUCCGCUACUGGCACGACCCGGGCGCCUUCAACAACAAUGGCUUCCGUGGCGUUGCCGUCGUCUUCAUCUUCUGUUCCACCUUCUACGCCGGCGUCGAGUCCGUCGCCGUCGCCGCCACCGAGACGAGAAACCCGGGGGUCGCCGUGCCCCAGGCCAUUCGCCAGGUCUUCUGGCGAAUCAUCUUCGUCUACAUGGGCUCGGCUCUGUUCUUCGGCAUCACAUGCCCGGCCGACGCCGAGGGGCUGGUCAAUGGGGGAGCAAAAGCACUCCAGAGCCCCAUGACCAUCGCCAUCCAGAACGCUGGAUGGCAAGGAGGCGUCCACCUCAUCAACGCCUUCAUCUUCAUCACGUGCGUGUCGGCCAUCAACUCGUCUAUUUACAUCGGCUCUCGGACCAUUUUGUACAUGGCGCAAUCUGGCAAAGCCCCCCGAUUCAUUGGCUGGACCAACAAGAUGGGUGUCCCCGUCUGGGCCAUUCUCAUCACCAACGCCUUUGGGGCGAUCGCCAUGAUGAACGUGUCGACUGGUGCGUCCACGGCUUACGGCUACAUCGUCAACCUCUCGGGGAACCGCGACAUCAACGAGGUGCCCUUCAAGAGCAUGUGGUACCCGUUCAUUGCCUACUUUGGACUCGCCGCCACGGGCUUCCUGGCCCUCGUUCAGGGCUGGACGAACUUGUCGCCGUUUGACGCUGCCAAGUUCGUUGACGCAUACAUCCUCUUGCCGCUGUUUGGAGUCAUCUACGUUGUAUGCAAGCUUUACUGGAGAGGCCAAGACAAGUUCAAGCGCAGCUGGGAAAUCGACCUGGACGGCGACACGGACAUUCGUGUGACGAACAGCAUCAUGACCUCGGGGGAUCAGUAG